CCGCAGUCAAUCGUCGCGACAACGUCCCUAACUUAAAGAUCUGCAGACGUCUUGCAUACGGUGCGACUUGCGUAUGCAAGUUGCCUUUAUCUGUGGGGACUCGACGAGGGUCCUAGCCAUCCCACAACUUAGUUCCCAAGUUCCCCAGCUAGCGACGACACAACACUCACAUGCUUUCGGGGAGUCUACGCAUCGCUCGAAUUUGCCGCGGCUACGCACCUGUCGUCUUUCUACCUGUCAGAUCAUUGCACAUUUCAACUACCACCCUUGCACCUCCCGUGCCUUGUCGGAACCCAGUUCCUAAGAUGGACGGCUUACGCCAAAGUCCAGCCCAUAAGCGCCAGCGAACGUCGAUAGAAGUUGCUGGCGUGACGUCGGGCCAUGAGCAAGGCAGGACAUUCUCCGUCCCUGGCUUGGUGGUACGGGAGCACACGUUUACAGUACCGCUCGACUACAGCGGUAAAGAAGGACCGUACAAGGGUCAAACCAUCACCCUUUUCGCACGGGAGCUUUUGGGGCCCUCUCGCAACGAAAACCUCCCUUUCCUCGUAUAUCUCCAAGGCGGCCCCGGCUUCGAGGCUCCCCGCCCCUGCGACGCCUCCUCCUGGAUCAAGUCCGCAGUGGGCAGCCACAGGGUGCUGCUGCUGGACCAGCGGGGGACGGGCAGGUCCGCGCCCAUCACCUGCAGCAACCUGGGUCGCCGGGGCGGGCCGCAGCAGCAGGCGGAGUACCUGGCGCUGUUCAGGGCUGACAGCAUCGUCCGCGACUGCGAGCUGGUGCGGCGGCUGCUGGUGCCGCCCACCUGCUUCGGCGGCAAGUGGGCGGUGCUGGGGCAGUCGUUCGGGGGCUUCUGCGCGACCACCUACCUGUCGCAGGCGCCAGAGGGCCUGAUGGAGGCGCUGCUGACAGGAGGCCUGCCCCCCGCCAUCCGCUCCCCCUGCGCCGCGGAGGCGGUCUACACCGCCCUGCACCGCCGAGUGCUGGCAGCCAAUGCAAAGUACUACGAACGCUUCCCGGGCGAUGUGGAGCUGGUGUGCCGCAUCGUGCGCUACCUGGCGGGGCAGCCGGGGGGGCGGGUGGACCUGCCCAGCGGCACGCACCUCACACCCCGGCUGCUGCAGACGCUGGGGCUGUCGGGUCUGGGUUCGGGUGGCGGUUUCGAGCGGCUGCACUUCCUGCUGGACGGCUUCUUUGAUGCGGAGGGGGACAUGAACCCAGCGUUUGGGAAGGCCUUCGAGUCCUGGCAAUCCUGGGACACCAACCCGCUCUACGCGCUGCUGCACGAGCCGUGCUACUGCCAGCAGCCCCCCCACGGCGCCGCAGCUGCUGCAGGCGAGGGCAACCCCGCCGCCCCCGGUCCCGCUCCCGGGGUGCCGCCGCGCUGGGCCGCGGACCGAGUGAGGGACAGCGUGGCCUUCGCGGGCGCUUUUGAUGCUGUGGCGGCGGCGGCGGAGGGGCGACCCGUCAUGUUCACCGGGGAGUGCGUGUACAGGUUCAUGUACGACGAUGUUGCAGCGCUGCGGCCGUACAAGGCGACUGCGGAGGUGAUGGCGGAGAAGGCGGACUGGGGGCCGCUGUACGACGACGCCGUGCUGGCUAACAACCGAGUGCCCGUUGCAGCGCUGUCGUACGUGGACGACCUCUACGUGGACUACGACUUGUCCAUGGACACCGCUGCAAGCAUCAAGGGGCUCAAGCUCUGGGUCACCAACGAGUACCGGCACUCGGGCAUUCGGGAUGACGGCGGCCGCAUCUUUGACCGGCUGCUGGGGAUGGCCCGUAACGCGGUGUUUGACUGAACGUUGACGGUUGGUGGUAGUGAGGAAUGCAGAGGAGGACUUUGUGGGUGUCAUGCAUCGGGGUGGUAUCAGUCGGUUGGGAGUGUUCACGCUGGAUUUACUUGAGGAAUGACAUGUUUUGCGAGGGGGACACAUGCAUGCAUGAAUUCAUUGUGUUGAAUGAAAAGCGUUAUGGGAGAAGUUAGUGUGCAGACCUUACCUCGGCAUGCAUACUACCGUAGGUAGUAGGCCCCAUCUUUGUUGCAUGCUGCCAUCACCCGCUAUCGUACCGUAACGUCCAUUCAACGUUUGUGGCAGGGGAAAGACCGCAUGGAGGUUGUCAUGGAUGGUAGCGGCUGUUGGUCGAACCCAAGAGGCAUUGGUUGCAAGGCAGUAG